UCUGUCUGAAGAGGACUCUUCCCAAAUAUUUGUAGUGUCCAAGCUCGUUCUCCCAAGGACUCUGGUGUUACAACCUCAUCUUUCUCGGAAUGGCUGAGAAGGCUCCACCAGGGAUCACCAAAAAGUCUUCAAGGUCUACACUUUCUCUCCCUCCAGAACCAGUGGAGAUCAUUAGGAGCAAAGCCUGCUCACGGAGAGUUAAAAUAAAUGUUGGUGGGCUCAACCAUGAAGUGCUGUGGAGGACUUUGGACAGACUUCCAAGGACACGAUUAGGAAAGCUCAGAGACUGCAAUACCCAUGAAUCUCUGCUAGAAGUAUGUGAUGACUAUAAUCUAAAUGAAAACGAAUAUUUUUUUGAUCGGCAUCCAGGGGCUUUCACUUCCAUUUUGAAUUUCUACAGGACAGGGAAACUACAUAUGAUGGAAGAAAUGUGUGCUCUUUCUUUUGGCCAGGAACUUGAUUACUGGGGGAUUGAUGAGAUAUAUUUAGAAUCUUGCUGCCAGGCAAGAUACCAUCAAAAGAAAGAGCAGAUGAAUGAGGAACUGAGGAGAGAGGCAGAGACAAUGCGAGAGAGAGAAGGGGAAGAGUUUGAUAAUACCUGCUGCCCAGAGAAGAGGAAGAAGCUUUGGGACUUGCUGGAGAAACCCAACUCAUCUGUGGCAGCAAAGAUUUUGGCCAUUGUAUCCAUUCUGUUCAUCGUACUGUCCACUAUUGCUUUGUCUCUUAACACACUGCCAGAGCUGCAAGAAAUAGAUGAAUUUGGGCAGCCAAAUGACAACCCUCAGCUAGCACACGUUGAAGCUGUGUGUAUCGCUUGGUUUACCAUGGAGUACCUUUUGCGUUUUCUGUCUUCACCAAAUAAGUGGAAGUUCUUCAAAGGCCCAUUAAAUGUCAUUGACUUACUGGCUAUCUUGCCAUACUAUGUCACCAUUUUCCUCACAGAGUCCAAUAAAAGUGUCCUGCAGUUCCAAAACGUCAGACGUGUGGUUCAGAUAUUUCGUAUUAUGAGGAUCCUAAGGAUUCUUAAGCUUGCCAGACAUUCAACAGGCCUUCAGUCUUUAGGUUUUACACUCAGGCGGAGUUACAAUGAAUUGGGCUUGUUGAUACUAUUUUUAGCCAUGGGAAUAAUGAUAUUUUCAAGUCUUGUAUUCUUUGCCGAAAAGGAUGAGGAUGCUACAAAAUUUACAAGUAUCCCUGCAUCAUUCUGGUGGGCAACAAUCACUAUGACUACUGUAGGAUAUGGUGACAUUUAUCCUAAGACCUUAUUAGGUAAAAUAGUUGGAGGACUUUGCUGCAUCGCUGGAGUGCUGGUCAUAGCUCUGCCCAUACCAAUUAUUGUGAACAAUUUCUCAGAGUUUUAUAAGGAGCAGAAAAGACAGGAGAAGGCAAUUAAGAGGAGAGAAGCACUUGAGCGAGCUAAAAGAAAUGGCAGUAUUGUCUCCAUGAAUCUUAAAGAUGCCUUUGCUCGCAGUAUGGAAAUGAUAGAUGUAGCAGUAGAUUCAGGUAAGCUUGGAGAAGCAGUGAAUCCAAAGGAGACAUCUGAUGACAACCACCUGUCCCCAAGCCGGUGGAAAUGGGCCAGAAGGACAAUGUCUGAAACAAGUUCAAACAAGUCUUAUGAGAAUAAGUACCAAGAAGUUAGUCAACAAGACUCUCAUGAGCAAUUAAACAAUGCUGCAGCAUCCUCCAGCCCUCAGCACCUCAGUGCCCAAAAACUGGAGAUGCUGUAUAAUGAAAUUACUAAAACUCAGUCUCAGCCUAAUCUUAAUGCUGGUUACCAAGACCAGUCAGCAAAGCCACCCGUGUACGAAGAAGAAAUAGAAAUGGAAGAAGUUUCAGGUCAGAGAGAUCCGUUACCAGCUGGACCUACGGACAUCGUAACGGACAUGAGAAGCACAUCCAGUAUCGACAGUUUUGCCAGUUGUGCAACUGACUUCACAGAAACAGAGAGGUCUCCCCUCUCUCUGUUUCCUGGCUCUCACCUGCAAAUGAGAUUUGCAACUGAUGCUGUUAACCUGGAAGAAAACCAAAGAGCAAGAGGUUCUCAGUUUAUACCAUUUGCAAAAGACAGAGGAUUUUCUCCAACCGACAUCACCUUUGACUAUAAUCCAAUCAACAGAGCUGUUAUCAGUGAUGGCAGUGGGUCCCAAACUGUUUUACAUGGUCAUUUGCAUUUUGACUCUUCCAUGGAAAGCCCCAAAAGUUCCCUGAAAGGUAGCAACCCAUUAAAAUCUAGAUCCCUUAAAGUUAACUUUAAAGAUAAUAGAGGUGGUGCUCCACAAACUCCACCGAGCACCGCAAGGCCACUGCCAGUGACAGCAGGAGCAGACUUCACACAAGCCACCCCCCAGCACAUCAGCACCAUUCUCCUAGAAGAAAAUUCCCCACAAAGUGAACGACCUGUACUUGGUGCUGAUGCAUCUGCACUUUGUCAGGGACCAGUUAAAAGAUCAUCCCCUCUCUUUCCUAAGCAUAAGAUUUUCACUUUCCCUUCAAAAGAGAGAAGGAGCUUCACUGAAAUAGACACUGCAGAAGAAGAAGAGUUUAUGGAGUUACAUGGUAUGAAACACGAAAAACAAAAGGAUAUCAAGACAAAUUGCUGUGGGGAUAAACGGAGUGAUGGCAACAAUUUAACAGAGGAGCCACAAGUCAGCUCUUCACCCAAAAGCAUGAGCCACAAUUGUACUCAGGACAUUUACCAUGCUGUGGGUGAGGUAAAGCCAGACAGUAACCAAGAAGGUCACAAAAUGGAAAACCAUUUAUUUGCCCCAGAAAUUCAUUCAAGUCCAGGAGAAACUGGUUAUUGUCCCACACGUGAAACUAGCAUGUGACUAGUUACAGAAGCAAUAAAAAUACCUUUUCUUAAAACACUAUUAGUAAUGCCUAUGAACUAAAACAUGGAAAGCCUCAACAAAAGUGCAUAAAAUGUUAUUUUUGCAUGGCAUGAAGAGUUGUUUAGUUUAAAUACUGUUUAAUUAAAAAAAAAAAAAAAAGACUGCUUUUUGUAACAAACUGAAAAAAAAAAACCAGGGAAAAAAUGACUCAAGAACGGUGAAUAAAAUAAAGAGAGCUCUGUUAGGAGCCAGUGUUCUGCUACAUCUGACAUUUUUGAUCCUUUCACUUAUGAUUGUAGACAGGUUUUGAACUCUUUUACCUUUUUUUCCUUGGUUACAUGAAUUUUAGAAUUUGCACAUGAAAGGAUGAAAUGUCAAUGCAUGCAUUCAUAAAGAUGUGAAACAAGGUGCUUUGAGCUUGCAAAAUGCAUAUAUUUGUAAAUAGUUGGGGGUUGGGGGGACAGCUACGGUUAACAAGGAUUUAUGGAAAAAGCAUUUCCUGGGACAUAGGUACUUCCUUCACAGCGUGCUGCCUGGAGGUUUUGUACAGACUUAUGUUGCAAAAUUGCAACUUCUACUUAAAGCAUCUCACAUAUCUUGCUUUCUGUUAAAAAGCUCAUGAGUAUAUCUGUUAAUUAAUAACUACAGUAUUUUAGUUUUUCUGUGCUGUAAAUCAUGAUAGUUUUUUUAUUUGCAUAACUUCAGUUAUUGCAUUUGUCAGUUUAAUUAAUGAUCCUGUGAGGAAAAGCAAAGAUUUAAUGACCAGAACUUGAAGUAUUUGAUAUUUUUAUAGAAAACUGCCAACAUUUCAUAACUGAAGAAAAAGUUCCAUUUUAAAAUUUAAACACCAUAGUUAUUUCUGUGGCAAUAAAUAGUGCCAAAUGGCUAUAUAGAUACGUACAAAAGUUUUCAAUCUCUUGGAAUAUAAUUUGGUAUUAAAAAAUAUUUUCCACAUGCCCAUUUUUUCCUUUGACUUAACACUUUUUGCUUCUACGUGAUCUUUGAGAUCUGUUUCCUUUUGUUUUACAUGCUCAUACUUCAGUAAUGGCAAUGUUGUUGAAGCCACUGUGGUAUAAGGACAUAAGAGACAAGGUUUGUAGGGGGAAGUAGUACCUUUUGCUAUCAUGAAUCCUAUAGCUGGAGAAAAACAGGUUUCAAGUAUAUGUGAUUUGCCCCAGGACUUCCAUACCCCAAAGCCUGUCUGUGUUUUUGAGUUCAGUCAUUUGGAGUGACAGAAGAUAUCACUUGACUCACCAACUUUGCCUCAACCCAUUUUUCCAUGGUUGUUCCAAAUUGGAGUAUAGACUUUCUAUUAAAUAAAGGGAAACAUCAAACACUCCAUGGAAAACUGCCAAAGCAUCUUUGGUUUCUCUGACUUUUCCAGCUUUGUAAAAGAAAGAUGCUGAACCAAAGCCUUCAUUACAAAGUACCCAUCUAACCGCUGUCUGAAAAAAAGCUAUUUUUUAUUUUAUUCAGCAUCCUUGCUUCCUAUUGAUGCCUCAGAACACUAUGAUAUAGUAUAAAAAAAAAGCUUAUAGAUUGCUUUAAUUUCAAAAAUCGUAAAAAGCUUAUUCAGUUCAUGAAUUCUAAUCAUAAGUAAAUGUAUGCAGUUACACAGGCACAUCCUGCAAAAUAUUUCUCUUUUUUUUUUUUUUUUUAUUAGGAAAUUUUAAAAGCAAUUUAGACCAACCAGUGCAUGGUUUGGAACAUCAGGCUUCUACUUACCAUAGUGGAUCUAGGUUAAUUUUUACUCAUCUAUCAUUUUCUGUCAAAUAAGUAACAACGAGGCAUCAAAUGUAUUUAAUGUAAAGGAGCCAUCAUUUUUCUUGCAACAUUGCCCUCUGCUUGAAAUGGCUGGGCUGAUGCCACAGACCUCACUCAAGCCUGUCCCAUGGAAAAGAAGCAAGUUUGAAGAGCCCCAAAAUAAGGAUCCUGGUGACUGGGCCUAACAAUGAGCAGAGUACUAUCAUUUGGUUGAAAAAAAAAAAAAAAAAGUUUUCUAUAUUUCCGUAAGUUUUCUAAUGUCUGUAAAAAGAUAAUAUUGAAGUGUCUCUUCAUUCAUUUGAAUAACUGGGAAUAUAAUGGGGUUUUUUUCAAACAAUGUCUGGUCAUUAAUUCUCAAAAUAAUUUUUUUUUCUUUAGUUGCAGUUCAUUGCAACUUGUUGCUGCAAUCAGUUGUGUGUAUUUAUAUGGUAUUCUGUGUAACAUUUUUUAAUCAUGUUGUGUCUCACUGUCCCAAAAUUUAGCUCUUGAUAUUUUAUAGUCAUUAUUCUAUCUUUAUUUUUUAGUUCCUGGAUAUUUCGGUGACUGAAACCAAAUGCCAGUCAAUUUUUAUAUGCCUGAAGUGUUGGUUUGUAUUUUCUAUGUGCAGUUUUAUGAAAUCACAUGGGCCUGUUCGAUCUGCCUUUUCAUCCUAGUGAACUAUUGAAGUCCAAAUUAAGACCAAAUGGGACCUGGUUCCAUGCCCUGGAUCCACAGAAAAUUCUCUUUCAAGACAAUGAUGGUGUUCUGACCAGAUUGAGGUCUGUAUGCUUCUUCUCCUAGGUGAACCUUACACUUUGGAAAAGCCCCCUCGGACCUGUGCCACUUGAUGGAAAGGGAGGAGUCCAGCCAUAGGGAUCAUAUUGCAGGAACAGAUUUGAUUCCUUAAGCUCUUCUCAGUUAAACUUUAUGCAAAGCUUAUUCUGCCCUAUUAAAGUCAUUACAAAUUCAAAAGUGGUAAAAUUAAGGCCUCAGUCCUUGUGCAGAUGAAUUUCCCCUCAAACCAGUGGGAGUCUGGUGGAAAAAGGGACUGACUGAAAUAUAAACGAGGAUGGCAAGACUCUCUCCCUCUUGAUGAAAAUCAACAGGAGCUUUAACUAUAUAAAUCAGAUGAAAGAGCAGGCCCUUAUUGGCCACUGUAUUUUAAAUGUUUUCAGAGAAGCACAUUUAUUUUGAAAGCAAAAGAAAUGCAAUUCACUUUAUAAGCAGAUGAUGUAUUUUCUUUUUUUUAAAUCUUGGAAGCAAAAUGAUUGAGAUUUAGAAGUACUUUUGGUAUAAUUUCAUUAUAUCCUUUUGACUAUGCUGAAUACUAUUUCCAGAAGCACAGGUUUAGACAUGUGGUUUUUCCAGUCUUGACUGCAUAUACAGGAUCCCACUUCUGGAUACCUAGCUCGUGCAUAAUUCCUAAUUAAAACAUCUACUUGAACAGUUGCAGGACUGGAUCUAGAUUUCAGUCCAGUACGGCAGGUGUAAGAAGUGCAAUCCAGGAACAUUUCUUUCAUCGUGAAUUGAUAUGCAGCAAAUUAUGUAAAAUUACACAAGUAUAUUUUUCUGGUUUUCUAAAACUUUGAAGCCAUUUCAGACUUAUUACCCAUUCACCACAGUAAGGGGAGAAUGUGUUGGAGCUCUGGAGUCAGUCUCCAAUCGCAGCCGUGCGAUUUCAAAACAACUUAAGGAGUCUUAGGAAGAAGUGACUUCUCUGUGCACCUGAAAGGGGUCUGACUCCUCGUAUCACUGGAAAAUGAAGAAUGUUCAGGGAGAUAGCUUUGCAAUUAAUCUAUUUUUUAUAUUUUUUUAUGAACUGCAGAGUCCUGAAUCAAAGUUUUAAUUCCUUUUCAAUGAUGAAACCAAAUGCACAUAUUUAAAAGAUGUUCACAGAGUAAUUAGAACAGUUUUUGAAUAAUAGUCACAUUAAUUCAAAUCUGGGUGGGAUGGGGGCAAUAAUAUAUCGCACAAACUGCAAAGGAAGUUCCUACAGGAAAGCUGUUUACAGGGGAAGCGUACAAUGUUAUGUAAAGAAUGUAACAGGGUGUAGGAAUUUUUGCACUACAGAAUUUAUAUGAAAUACACUUUUUUAAAUGAAUACACAAAAGGCCUUUUAAUGCUACAUUGUAUAGAACAUAGGAGCCUCUGUGCUAAUGCAGCAAUCUGAUGCACUGUGUCCUCACUUCAAAAUUGGUCUCAAAAUUCAAACAUUAUUCAUUUUAGAGAGGUGAUAUCUGAUCUAAUACUAGAGCAACUGACUUGAAGAGCUGUUUAGCACACUGUUUCAUAACCCAAAGUCUCUACAGACAGUUGUAUUUUUACCUAUAACAUUCAUAAAUCAAAUUGACAAUUGGAUUCUGGAGUCAUUUCCCAACAGGUAAUACCUGGCAACAUAUUUAUAUUCCUUGGAAAACAAGUUCUUUUAAAGGAGACCUCUUCCCCUACGUGUUGACUGAGCUUCUGUUUCCUUCAAGGUUUACCUUCAAAUUAUUUAAUUAACUUCUUCAACUUCAUCUCUAAACCACAGUCCAGUACAAAAUCGCUUGUCUUUUUGAAGCCCUAUUGCAAAUACAUUCAGAUUGGUAAAAAUAUCCAGGGCUUGUCUGACUGGCUUUUUCAGUGAAACAGCUUUUGAAUCACUUGGAUAGAAAAUAAAUCUUAAUAUUUU